AUUUCCAUUUUGCGCAAAACUAAUUGCGCAUGCGCAGUUAGAUUCAGUUAAACGUUUUCAAACAACCAACCAUCGAUAAAGUUGACUAUUAGUAACUUUCCGACAUUCGAAGUUCGAAGAUGAACAUGAAACAUUUUAUUGUCGAGGAGAAAUCCUGCAACGCAAGUUAUAAGAACGAUUUAUGUUUCAAUGUACAAUUAAAUGAGUGGACAUUGAGAACGAUUGGAACCUGGCCAAAAUCGCUGGAUCGUUCUUGGUUAGAAACUAUCGAACAUGUCUGUUUAUGCUUUUUUAAUUACAUUUUACUCGCGUUCAUCCUAAUACCCGGUGUUAUGUACUUUCUUCUCGAGAUGAAAGAUUUUUACGAUCAAAUGAAACUCGGUAGCGCGCUCAGUUUCUUUCUGAUGGCGGUGAUGAAAAUCUGUGUCUUUAUCAUUCGUGAAAACGAUAUACGUAAAUGCAUAGAAUGCAUUGAGGACGAUUGGAAAAAUGUAAAGUAUCAAGAAGAUCGUAAGAUUAUGUUGGAAAACGCGAGUUUUAGUCGUCGAUUGAUCGUAAUUUGCGGCGCUUUUAUGUAUGGAGGGGUGGUUUUUUAUUAUAUCGCUUUGCCGCUCACUCGAGCGAAGAUCGUGGAAGAGGGUGGUAAUCUAACGUAUAGAAGACUGGUUUACCCUUUUCCCAAGGCUCUCCUAGACGCUCGUCGCACUCCUGCCAACGAACUUCUGUACACAAUACAGUUAUUGUCUGGGUUCGUCGCGCACAAUAUCACGGUUGCCGCUUGCGGAUUGGCUGCCCUUCUUGCGAUGCACGCCUGCGGACAAUUGCAGAUUUUGAUGUCUUGGUUGGAAAAAUUGGUGGAUGGAAGGGAAAACGACGACGAGAAUUUGGAUCAGAGACUGGCUAGUAUCGUGGAACAACACGUUCGAAUAAUCAAUUUUAUAACUUUGACGGAAGAUCUUCUUCAGGAGAUAUCAUUGGUAGAAGUUGUGGGUUGUACUAUAAAUAUAUGUUUCCUCGGGUAUUAUUCGAUGAUGGAGUGGGAUUCUAAGCAUCCUAUUAGAGGUGUGACGUAUAUAAUAUUGCUUACAUCCGUCACGUUUAACAUUUUCAUAUUUUGUUAUAUCGGUGAACUUUUAGCAGAGCAGACUGUGAAAGUUGGCGAAAAGUUUUACAUGAUUGAUUGGUACAGAAUGCCCUGGAAAAAAGGUUUGGCCAUCUCUUUGAUAAUUUCUAUAUCUCGUUCAACCACGAAGAUCACUGCUGGCAACAUUAUCGAACUUUCUAUUAGCAGUUUCGGUGCUAUCAUCAAGACUUCAUUUGCAUACUUGAACAUGCUACGAACAUUGACAAUAUUAGACAAGCCAUCGAGGAUCAAAGAUGCAAAAAUCAAAAGACAAGGCAAAGACAGCCAAUCAGAAGUUCUACUUGAAAGAUUACGAAUACCAGAAGAACGUGAAUCUGAGCAUUCAAUACAAUCGUUGGUUGUUAAAACCAAUGGGUCUUUGGCCGAAUUCGUAUACAUCACGAUCGAAAGAUUAUCUGUAUUGGCUUAUAAAUAUCAUUUUUACGGGAAACUGAAACAAUUCGGUCCUUUGAUCUUCUGCAUGAUGGCAUUCGUAAAAUAUUAUUAUCUAAUUUUCCACAAAACCGAUAUUCGCGAAUGCGUGGAAAGGAUCAAGUGGGAUUGGAGGAACAUCACAUACGCGAAAGAUAAAGAGAUCAUGAUAAUGUACGCGAAUUUUGGACGAAAACUGGUGGUCGUUUGCACCUUUUUCAUGUACAGUGGAUUUGCCUUUUAUUACAUCGCUAUACCGAUCAGCGUUGGCAGAGUCAAAACAGAUAAUCUCACCUUCAUCCCUUUGGUGUUCCCUUUCUCGAGAUUCAUCGUCGAUACUCGUUACAGCCCGACCAACGAAAUCGUAUUUUCCAUCCAAUUGAUGGCCGGUGCUCUUAUGCAUGGAAUCACAUCGGCUGCUUGCAGUUUAGUGGCUACAUUUGCGGUGCAUGCUUGCGGCCAGAUGCAGGUGUUGAUGAACUGGUUGCAACACUUGAUAGACGGCCGAUUGGACAUGGACGAGCGCUUGGAUGGUAGAAUCGCGGACGUGAUACGCCAACAUGUUCGAGUCCUAAAAUUUUUGGCGCUUACCGAAAAAACUCUACAGCAAAUUUCUUUUACCGAAUUUUUGGGCUGUACGCUAGAUAUAUGUCUCGUUGGAUAUUACGUUAUUAUGGCGAGAUCGUUGCCGAAGAGUACGAAGAGAGCUUUUGAGCUCGAACGAAGAAACGAUAUGUCCUCUGUAAAAAUUGAUCAAGAUUAUAAAAGUAACGUAAAUUUUAGCAUUAAAUAUAGCCGUCGUAUUUCAAAAAUGAUCGGCUUGUGGCCUACUUUCGAUAAAGUUUCAACGAUACACAAAUAUCUUCGACUGUUAUAUAAUAUCAUUUGUUACUGUUUGUUAAUGUUUAUUAUUGUACUUGGAUGGAUGUAUAUAGCUUUCGAAGUGAAAAACAUAUACGACGGAUUAAAAUUCGUUAGUCUAAUGAGUUUCUGCAUGUUAUCGAUCACAAAGUAUCAUUUGAUAAACAUUCACAAGGAUGACGUCCGCGAGUGUGUCAAACGUAUAGAAUGGGACUGGAAAAAUAUAUCCUACUCAAAAGAUAGAGAAAUUAUGCUAAUGAACGCAAAUUUUGGAAAGAGAUUGAUCAUUGUUACCACCACUGUCACGUACAGUGGUUUUGUCUUUUUUUAUAUAGCUAUACCGAUGAAAAUUGGAAAAAUUCCGGCACAAGAUGCUAAUAUUAGUUUCAUACCCACGAUGUUUCCUUUCCCGAAAUACAUUGCUGAUGUUCGAUAUAGUCCAAUAAACGAAAUUGUAUUUUUCUUUCAAUUUAUGUGUGGUUUCUUGGUGCAUGGUGUGACAUCAUCAGCUUGCAGUUUGGCUGCCAUAUUUACAGUUCACGCUUGUGGCCAGAUACAGGUGAUGAUGAUCUGGCUGGAACAUUUGAUAGAAGGUCGAUUAGACAUGUGUUAUAACGUCGAUCAGCGAAUCGCCAAGAUCGUGAAUCAACAUGUUCGAAUAUUGAAAUUCUUAUCACUUAUUGAAAAAAUUCUUCAACAAGUAUCUUACAUGGAAUUUUUAGAAUGUACAGUAAACGUGUGUCUUCUUGGAUAUUGUGCCAUCAUGGAAUGGGAAUCGAAUCACUUAACAGAAGUCAUAACAUAUGUUAUAAUACUUCUAACGAUUAUAUUCAAUAUUUUUGUAUUUUGUUACAUAGGGGAACUUUUGGCAGAUCAGUCUAGGAAAAUAGGGGAAGUAACGUAUAUGAUUGAAUGGUACCGAUUAUCCGGAAAGAAAAAGCUGUGUUGCGUUUUGAUAAUCGCAAUGUCUAAUUCAUCUAUGAAAUUAACAGCUGGAAAUUUAAUCGAAUUAUCAAUGAGUACAUUCUCUGAUGUGAUUAAAACAUCGUUUGCUUUCUUAAAUGUAUUGCGAACAUUAACUUAAGCAUUUUUUGAAUCGCAAUAUAACAUAAUGUAAACUAAAUUUAUAAACUUUAUUAUAUUUACUAUAAUUGAUGUUUUUUUUGUUAAAAAACUAUAGCUUUGGUAUACUUUAUCUGUUAUCUGAUGUUAAAAAUCUAAGAAAUAAAUUUUGUUAUAUUAUAUUAUAAAAAUAAAUAAAAAAAAAUACAAUUUAUAUCGGUACUUACAAAUUUU